UACACACACGCACACACACACAGAGUCAGUACCAGUAGCCUAUGUAGAACCACGUAGCAGCAGCUUUGGAUUUUAAGCAGCAGCAGCAGCAGCAGCAGCAGGAGCAGGAGCAGGAGCAGCAGGAGCAGCAGGAGUCAGAGCGGUCAUGGAUCUCUUUGAAUUUGACUUUUUCAGAGACUGGGAGCUUGAACAACCAUGUCAUCUGGAGUCAGAGCGCAGCGCCCUGAAGAGGAGAGAGUGGGAGAGGAGGAAUCAGGAGGUCCAACAGGAUGAAGACCUGUUCUCAACUGGAUUCAACCUGUUUGGAGAACCGUAUAAAACUAAUAAAGGUGAUGCAUUGGCCAAUCGCGUCCAGAACACGCUGGGCUCUUAUGAAGAAAUGAAAGACCUGUUAACCAGCCACUCCAACCAAAGCCACUUGGUGGGAAUCCCCAAAGGCAGCGGCGUGAACAACAACCUGCAAACCCCAACCACCUCGACGACAGACAGACCCACCAUGGAGUCUCAGCUUUUCAAUGAAACCUUACGAGGAGUAGCAGGAGGUGGUGGAGGAGGAGGAGAAGAAGCAGGUGGGGACAAGAGGACGGGAAAUGCGGCUUCCUCAUCUUCCACCUCCAUGCAGCCACCUGCUUCCACCAUGUCAUCAUCAUCAUCAAGCACAUCGACAGUUACACAUCAGACUUCAAAGAAGUCCCGGAGUUCCAUGGACUGGUCAAAAGGAGGACACGGACAGACUUCGCAAGCAGCAGGUCACGUUCUGGGUUUAGGCCAGAGUGGUCAGGGCCAGGCUGCGGGAGCCGCCAGUGGCAGAGGGAAGAUCUGCUUACUGGAGGAACAUCAAAUGCAAAGGCACGAAGAACUGUUUAGCUCACUGAAAGACGAACUCGGUCUAAAAGGAGAUUCGAGCCCUUCUUCCUCUUCGUCCUCCUCUUCCUCUUCCUCCUCUUCUUCUAGAAGGCACUCGGCCCAUCCUUCUAAAACCCUUACUCUCCCAGAUGGUGGAAAUUUUCGAUCCUCCGCCAUCGACGGAGGCCAUUUCAAGUCUUCCACUAACACAGACAAUGGUGGCCAUUUUAAAUCCUCGCCGUUCGAAAAUGAAACAGGUUCUCACUUCUCAACACCGUCGUCCCCGCUGGCUUCCACAUCAGUUGUGACGACGCCCACUCCCGGCCUAACCACGCCCACAUCUGGACUAACCACUCCCACCUUUCCCCCUGGCAGCCUAUCAGGGAAGCCAGUGGCAGUGCAGCAGAAGCCAACAGCGUAUGUUCGACCGAUGGAUGGCCAGGACCAGGUGCCGAGUGACUCUCCCCAGCUUAAACCCCCUCUAGUGGCCACGGAGGGAUUCAACAGCACGCAAGCUUAUGGAGGAAACUCUGGAAACGUGAAGAGUAAACUGCCAAAACUGACUCUGAACCACACGGGAGAGGUCAGCCUGCCAAAUGACUCCAGCUGUGUUGAAGAGAUUCUGCGGGAGAUGACUCAUUCCUGGCCUCCUCCUCUCACAGCCAUACACACUCCUGGGAAGGCUGAUCAGACCAAGUUCCCCAUCCCAAACAAGGAGUCACAGCAUGUGACCUCGGGCUACAACAGCCAGAAGCGAUGUAGUAUAUCAACUAACAAGCCCACUGCUAAACCACCAAGUGCACCGCAGAAGUCUAUGUUGGAGGACGACCUGAAGAUCAGCAGCGAUGAGGAAGAAGCCGAACAACAGGUGUCUGACAAGCCCAAAGCCAGAGGCACAGCUGUGAGUGGUGCAUCGGGGAGCAGCAGCGAAUCAGAGAGCAGCUCAGAGUCAGACACGGAUGAAUCGGAGAGCAGCUCCAGCGACAGCGAGUAUAACCAGGCUUCCCGCACAAACACACCCGAGCCUGAGCCACCGUCCACCAACAAGUGGCAGCUGGACAGCUGGUUGAACAAGGUCCAAGCUCAAACCAAACCUCUGGUUUCUGCACAGCAAGAACAUCAUCAUGGCACAGGCUCCAUCACCCAGGGUCCAGAGACCUUCUCUCCAUGCAGUGAAGCAGCAGUGGGAGUUGGUACAACUGCCAAGGCCAAGCCCGGUACAUCCAGUAGCACCUCUGCUGCAGCUGCACCAACGGUGGAACACAAGGACACCAGAGGAACCUUUUGCGUGGGCAGAGAGAAGGCCAAGGCCAAGCUCAGCCAGAAGACCUCGGGGGAAAACCAAAGGUCCAAGAUGAGGCUGUCACCGGCCCUGCUGUCAGGCCCAGAGGUCACAACCCCGAGGAGGAACACCACAGGGAAAAAACAGCCCAGACGGACAGAGAGGUCAAACAGUGUGGAGGAUAAUCAGAACCAGACAUGGAGCAGAGCAAACCAGCACAGCAGCCCUGUUGCUACGAGGGACAAGGACCUGUUGCCUUCGUCCUCCCUGGAGCAUCAGAACCCACCGAGGUCUCGAAGCAAAACCCCCAGUGGGAAAACAGCCCCCAGGAAGGAGCCUCGCAGCGCUACCACCUCCAGCAACAAUACCAUCACCCCACCAGCUGUGCUUCAGCAAACGCCUGUGCCAAUACCUGCUGUCGGCGUGAACCAGGAUAAGGAUAAAAGGAAGCACAGAGGCCCGAGCACCAGAAUCACACCCAAGUCCCGGGAAUUCAUUGAAACGGAUUCGUCCUCCUCCUCCUCAGAAUGUCACUCUGAGUCAGAGGAAGCCAUUAAAAUCCCUGCUCUGCCACAGACGACACGCGCUGCAAUUAACACGCAGACUCUGUCCAACAUGCACAUGCACGCGCCUCUCCUACCAUGCCUUGGCUCCGCUGCAAGUUUGGGGGGUCUGGGAACAUUUGGAGGAAAAGGGCUGCGAGUCAAAGAUGGCGGUAAUGUGACCGUUAAUGGUAGCAGCAGCACUAAUAGUAGCAUUAGCAGCGGGAAUAAUGGCAGCAGUAACAGCUGUAACUCCCUAAGCAUUAGCAACAUAAGUGGUUCAUUUGGUACAUCUGUUCCUGAUCCUGGAGGGUUAGGAGGGCAGUGUAAGGACCCGGAGUCCAUGUCACCACCUUCGAACACGGGACACGAGGUGCCUCUGUCCCCCCUAAGGGACUAUCAGGAGAGCCAGAGUUUAUGGGUCAAAAUUGACCUCAGUCUGCUCAGCAGGGUACCGGUUCAGGGUUUGGGGGAAAGAUCCAGGGUGGGUCUCGCAGAAAGGGAUGGGAGUGAAGGGAGAGACAGAGAGAGGCAGGGAGAGAGGACAGGUGUGGCAGAGAGAGAGAGACAGAAGCAGGAAGACAGAGAGUGGUCAGGGCUGAGGGAAAGACAGAGGUUAACUAAAGGGGAGCGACAGGAGGAGGAAAAUGAGCGACUAGUUCAGGACAGAGAGAGGCAAGGUGACAGAGACCGAUUAACAGAGAGAGAGAGGCAGACAGACAGAGAGGACAGAGAACGAUUAGGGCUCGGGGAGAGGGAGAGGACAAUGGCGAGGGAGAGAGAGAAAGUAUGCGUGGGACUGGGCGCUCUGGAAAACUCCUCUGUGCCAGAGCAGAGCAAUACCAGGCUAGCUGGGCGGACAGAGAGAGGAGAGAACGAAGGUAAACACAGGAGACAAGCAGCCGGGAACAUGAUGGUCUCAACAGAGAAACACACCAGCAAGAACAAGAGGAAACACAAGUCGGACCACACCGAGUCACCAGUCAACGGCAGUAAGAAGCUGCGACUGGACAAAGACUGUCAGCUCCUCCCUCCCUGCAUCUCUCCAAUACACAACCACAAGAACAGCUCUACAGACUCUCUGAACAGGAAGCAGUCUCGGCGGCGCAACGAGAAGCUGCUACCUCCCCUCUUGUCCCCGCUCUCUGACGAGCCCCCACGUAAACGGACCUGCGACAGCAGUACGUCUCUGAACCAGGACGGAGGCACCACAGGGAUUCUGCCCUGCUCCACGACGUCCACAUCCACCACCUCCUCCUCCUCCUCCUCCUCCUCUCACAGGCACAGGAGAGGUGAAGUCAAGGUGUCGGCACAUGCGAGAAAUGGCAGCGAAAUGGAUCCCUCCAGCGAGAAGCCCUGUGGAGAUGGUUACCAUGCCAACGGACAGUCAGACUCCGAUGUGUGGACGGAACCACCGAUGGAUCCUGCCGAGCCUCGCAGGCCAAAGCUGUCGUUUAGUGACACAGUCCACAGUGCCGACUACUACAUGCAGGAAGCCAAGAGACUGAAGCACAAGGCUGAUGCUUUGAUGGACAAAUUUGGUAAAGCAGUGAACUACGCAGACGGAGCCCUCUCCUUCAUAGAGUGUGGAAAUGCCAUGGAGCGAGAUCCACUAGAGGCCAAAUCACCUUAUACCAUGUACUCUGAAACUGUGGAGCUUAUCAGGUACGCCAUGAGGUUGAAGAACUUCGGCAGCCAUUCAGCCACCGUCGCUGAGAAGAAACUCGCCGUGUUGUGUAACCGCUGUCUGUCUCUGCUGUAUCUGAGGAUGUUCCAUUUGAAGAAAGACCACGCUGUCAAGUACUCGCGGUCACUCAUGGAGUACUUCAAGAAUUCAGCCAAAAGCUCCCACCACGCACCUUCUCCCUGGAGAACCAAUGGGAAGGUCAAUGGGACUCCAUCUCCCCUCUCACUCAGCCCCUCCCCAGCCAGCAAUGGAGGAGGAGGAUCUGGAGGGGCCCCAAGCUCGUUGGGCAGUGUAGCUAUUCCCCAACGCAUUCACCACAUGGCUGCCAGCCAUGUUAACAUAACCAACAACAUCCUGAGGAGUUAUGAACACUGGGAGACAGCUGACAGACUGGCCACUGAUAGCCAAGAUUUCUUCCAGGAGCUGGACUCGGUCAUGGAGCCACUGAGUCAGCAGAGCAGCAUGACUGAGCUUGUGCGAUACAUCAGGCAGGGACUACACUGGCUCCGUAUAGAGGCUCACCUGCUGUAGAGCGACAACAGAGACAAAAUAAAUACAUUUUUUAAAGAAAAAAAGGAAGAAGAUAUGGGCCUGGGAGCGAGAACUGGGAUAACCAGUGAGAUAACACUCAGGAUGCUGCUUCAGUUCCCACAGGGAUUCUUCAAAUGACCACGGUAAUGUAAAGGCAUAUACUGGGUGCAUUAAUUGGGAUGAAAUUCACAGGCAGUUUGGACUGAACAGUAACUAAGUUUGUGAAUUUCCACCGUGAAUCACAGAAUACAGAUUACAUUGUUAAAAUAUUGGCAGUUUUUUUGUUUGUUUUGAGAAAGAGAGAGAGAGAGAGAGAGAGAGAGAGAGAGAGAGAGAGAGAGAGAGAGAGAGAGAGUGAGAGAGUGAGAGAGUGAAGGAGAGAGAAUAAUACUUCAGUGCGAGUAGCUGACAUUCCUACAGGGAAAACCAAUGUGACAAACUCCCUGUGUCUUUACUAUGAUAUAAUCAUUUAAAAAAAAUAGGUAGGAAAGGAGCUCAACAGAAGCUCCUCUCCUCCAUCAGUGGCCUAGAAAUGUGCCUGUGACUACAAUUAAAGCCUGUGGCUGAUAUUGAUCAAAGUGAAAAGGUCCCGGUCCAAUCCAUUAGAUAAGAACCAUGCUGGUAAAGGAAAGAGGCUCAGGUACAACUACUAGAGCUGAAUUACUGCAGGCUGAUCUCGGUCGUCUGUUUCUACUUUCGGUCAAUCCUCGGUCUUUAGUGAUAUUUAGUGUAGGAUUCUCCACUACCGAAGCUUGAAUCUGCCCAAAACCUCUGAGGUACCUAGCAGUGAUUCUAACAUUUAUUACAUGUUGAAUAUUUUGUCAUCACACAUCUAUGAUUACAGAUACUAUCAGGGUGUCUCUAACAAGCAACUCCUACUAUAAUGUGACCUGGAUCGGUGGUUUGUGUAUGAAGGUCUUAGGUCAAUCGAAUCAAGUUAACAUCAACAUGAAUAAUGUGACUAGUUAGAGUGUGGAUCACAGGACCUGGUCAAGCUGCAGACCAAGGAAUUAAAAGCUUGGCAGAACAAGCACUUAUUUCACUGACACUACAAACAAGGACUCUCUUCCAUCAAUAAUCCCCUUUAUGAUUGUUCUCUUACUAGUUAUGGGUUUUUAUGAAAUUCCAACCAGCUCCAGUUCCCAUAGUAACCCACCCACUAAGGUGUCAAACACUUGGGGGGGGGGGGGACUACAUGAUUCAGUAGGAGUUGCCUCUAAUUAGGCCCCUGCUCAUGUGCAAAUCAAGUAAACACAGUGAAAAUUUCACAGUAGCUCUUCUGCCCUGAUGUCAAAAAAAAUCCAUGACUUUGUACAGCACUUAAUGAGAUCAAAUCAUCUGCCAGAUAUCCUGUAGUUAUUUCCCAUCCCAGCAUUUGUUGUGUUGUGUUGUCAGUGUGUAUAAGUGUACAGCUGAUGUGUCGGGUCUAUUUAAAUCAUUACCUGACAGGACCAUAAUGAUAUUUGUGUACCAUAAUGUACAGACUGUGACUCCUGAAAACAGUGUUCGUAUUUGUUUCAUUGUCUUGUGAAUGACUUAAUGUGAAUGAAUGAGGAAGUGAACAAGAAAAUAGGGUUUCUCUAUAUAUACGUAUAUGUGGGCGAGUGUACAUGAGAGAGUGUGUGUGUGUGUGUUUGUGUGUCCAUGCACAGCUUAUGGCUGCAUUUACACAGCACCAGACAGAUUUUAAACUCUGUGGCACAUGAAGUGAAAUGGAGACGUCACUGUAAUUUCUCCUCUGUGCUUUAAAAGGUUAGAAUCUAGAUUUGUUUUUCAUGGUCUCUGUAAAUCCAGUUUCUCGAGCAUGAGUUUUUAAGUUUUGGAUAAUUUGACCAUCGCUGAAUGUGUAUGGAAGACAAUGCGGACGUGAAAGAUAAUUUUCACUCUGCCAAAAAAAAAAAGAAACUCAAGUGCCUCUAUUUGUGUCCAGUGAGAAUUGCUCUAUUUAUUUAAAAAGAAUGAAUCUAAAUGAUUUUCCAUACCAUAUUGGUAUAAAUAUGAGAUUGUUUUUCGUAAAAUCAAAUGUUUCCAUAAGCUUUUUACUGGUGUUUAUGACGACACCAGGGUUUGGCUUUAAGACAAAUGUGUGGUUUAACGUGUCAAAUUUGCAUCAGUUGCUGUUACCUUUUUUGUUUUUUUUCUGUGAUUUGGGAUUGAGUAUGGAUUUGUCUGAAAUGCCUGACAAAUUAAAACCAUUGCAUGCAAUAAAUGAUAGCUUCAGACCAAGAACUACUUGUGUCCAUUUUGAAAAAGAAGAAAAAAAAUGUAUUUCUUGUCGUAAAGUCAUUUACAGUAUUUACAGUCAUUUACAUCUCCUGAAUACAUAGCUGCAUUCAAAACACAAGGGUCAACACUAUGAAGGAGGUGAUCACAUUCAAAAAAUAUCUCCGUACUUAUUGUUUUGUGGCCAUGUUUGAUGAGACGAUCUUGCACUUAAGUCUGUGUGAUAAACAUGAAGCUAGAACCAGCAGCUGGUUAGCUUAGCUUUGCACAAAGACUGGACAUAAGGGGAACAACUAGGCUGAAUCUUUCCAAGAUAAAAACAAUCUAUUGCAUAGACGAACGGUUUGUUAACCACCUGAUGCACUUUCCAGGACGGACAAUGUAGAUCUCAAAGUGAAUACCAGAGUGUUUAUGAGAGGGCACAGACUGAAACACUAACACACAGAUGUGGGCUCUCAGAUUGUGCUUUCUAGCCUAUUGAAAUUGCCCAAAAAACAUCACCUAAAAAUGCUAUUUGUGGUCAUACCACAGCUCAAAGUUUGUGGAGUAUAAUAUAAAAGCUGUCACAAAGAUGUGAGCAAGUUUAAUUGGAGGUAACUGUACAGUCUGUGCAUGGCAUAGGCGUUGUAACGCCACAUAGCAGUUUGGUUUUCUACAGAGUUAAGUAAAACACAAGUUUAUCAUCAGGUUUGAAUUACUUAUAGCCAUGUUCAGAUCAGACCUCUAGUGUUGAGGAAAGAAAUCUAAGAUUGUUUUUGAUUCUAUAAUUAAUCUGUGUCAUAACUCAUUUGCCAUUGCAUGGCUGCAGGGUAAGGUCUGAUGAGCUGGGUUUGUUAUUGAUCUGACAAAAAUCCCGCACAAUAAUUUUGCAAAACACAUGAAAACAGCCAAGAACCAUGAUUAGAAAAUACUCUGCAUACAGUAUGUCCAGAAUAGUCACGAUACAUCAAACUCAAAAUGUCGUUGCCUUUUCUUUUUGUGUGAGCCAAGCUGUUGGCAACUCUGUAAAUGUGCGUAAUAAUCAAUUGUUACGCUUCUAUUUUGUUGCUUUUGGCAAUGUUGUUAUUUCCCCUCAGCCACCGGGGCUAUGCUAAGCUAACACAAUGCUCACUGAUGCUUCAUAUUUAUUGCACAAAUGUGGUCACUUUCAGUCAAUACUACUUUGAAAACUUUCCGUAGAAUGGACUCUAAAAUGGUUCUUCAUCUGACAGCCUGGAAAAGUGAGUUAGAUUCACAAAAAGUACCUUUUGAAGUUGUUUGUUUUAUUUAAUGUCAUGAAGCCAAAUUUGUUCCAAUGAGCCAAUGAAAUCUUCAACAACCAACCAACAAAACCUACAAUCAGUUUGUCAGACCUCAGCCAUUACAAGUCAGUAUAUCCACAGUGUUGCUCAGUCCAAUCCAAUGAUGUUCAGUGUUGUUUUGUUUUAUAGUGAAACAGUGAUGUUGCUAUAUGGUUACUGUUAAUUUCACACAAUGGUCCAUAUUUUUGAUUAUAUGCAGCAGUGCAAUAUACAUAAUAACAAACCAAUAUGCUGUGAAAAGUCUUAAAUAUUGCAUAUGUGACUACAUGGGAAACAUCAGCGACAUCCCACUAUGUUUCAUGUCACACGAUGGCUAAAUGUUGAAUUCAUGCAACAGUUCAUUUAUAUGCAAUGUCAAUAUGUCUGUAUAUAUUAUAACACUUUGGAGACAGACUGCCUCAGCAUGGCCUUUGAUUCUGCUGACAUCUUAUUAAAUAUCCCGUUUGCUGUUGUUACAUUACGAUCGUCAACUUAUUUACCAAAAGACGACAGUGACGGAAAUUCAUAGCUGCUGUUGUGAUCACAACGAACAAUUUCGUUUUUGUCAACAGAUGGUAACACGCUGAUAAUGCAUUGAUUAUCUUUUCAGUAGUGCUGAGUGCUCUUAAUAUUUGUUUGCAUUUUGCAAAAUCACAGACACCUUAGGAGGUUGUCAGAGUGCUUCAUAAAGCAAAUUAAUUAGCAGUAUUUACAAGCAUAGUAUGUUUAUUUUCUUCCCUCAUAAAUUCCCGGAAUCUAGCAGGGAGCUUUUAUUUUAUCUUGGCUUUCUUCUCUCCGAUUCUCCUCAGUCGUGCCAUCGGAGCCAUGCAUGCAUUAGAAACAAGCAUUUGAGAGAGAUCAUUAGCUUUCAAAUUACCAUUUUUAGAGCACUUAACUGAGACAUUAAUAUUCUUUCACACUGGCCACUUCAAUAAAGUAACUUCUCAUCUCACAUUUCCUAGUAUUACUCAUGUUUGAGAAUUCAUCAUGUAUCUUUGGCUGUGAUAGAAAACACCAAUUCAGCAGAUAAGUACUACCAGUACGGCCGUUUAUCAUGCAGCGCAAUGCACACAUGAAUAAUUUUCAUGUUUCUGUGCCUUCUACAGAGCAAGAACCAGAGGGUUACUAGCCUAAGUUAAUAUUAAGGCUGGAAGCAUUGGGGAAAUACAAUGAGUAGCCUGGCUCUGUCCAAAAUUCAGAAAUACUCCUAGCAUCUCUGAAGUUCACACAUAACCUGUGUGCAUCACAUUUUUAAUUCUUCCACAAACAAUAAUUACAAAUAAAAAGCUUAUGUUUCUCUAAAAUGACAAAGCUAACUUGUGCUAAUCCAACAGAGUGGUUUUCAAUCAAUUCAUCUGGCUAUCAAAAAGAAAGCAGAUGAGCAUAACUCCCAAAAAAAAAAAAAAUCAAAGUACUCAUUUCCUUUACACAUCAACAAUGUAUUGCAGAUUGCUCAUGUCAUGUUCAGAAAGAGCAGGAUUCAUAACAUGCAGACAGCCUGGCGAGUGAGAUUGACAAAUAAUUAUCUGAUUAAUAGCAAAUUAGUAAAUUCAUCAAAGAGCUGUUGUCAGUAGACAGUCUGUUUCCUCUCUAUUUUACAAUUAAACAAGGAUUUUUCAAAAAAAAAGCAACAGAUCAUUUUGUAAUCAGCUAUUUAGAAUCUGUCAUGUCUCAUGUGCUGUUAUUGUGUGAAGACGACUGUUCGCCCCCCUCAUAGGACACAAUAAUGUUUAUCACAUGGGGGUUAAAAAUAAAUCUAUUAAUAAAUCUAUCUUUACAAGAAAAUCUUUGACAAUUCUAAGCACUCUGACGUUCAGACAUUGUGUAAACGGUUGGUUGGUCUCAGUGGUUAUGUGCACUUGAUCUAUUCAAAUCAAACUAAUCUUCAAAAGGUGCAUAAUGUAGCAGUUUUUAAACAGAAGCGACCCGACGUUCCACAACAGACGCCUUUUAUCAUCCGCACCACCGUAUGACUUGCCUGCUCUUCCUUUAGCUUUAUUUGUGCAACACAAAAGAAUUACCAGUAGAGCAGUGUUCUUAAUGAUGAUCUACUAUGGGUAAUUCACACAACAGCAUCAAAACUCAUGUGGUAUGAAUUGAUGUUGGAUAUCCCAUUAUGGUGAGAUUUGCGUCAAACCAGACAUGGGUAGUUUGAGACAGGUGGUAACAUGGUGCCUCUGAUGCAGCCUGACAAAUCUCUGUCUGUGGAUCUGAUGUACAUCCCUGCAAAAGGCAGCAUUGUAAAGAUUUCUACAAAAUGACGUCUGAGGACACAAAUAUGUCCUACAGGAGUUGCAUUGUAUUUUUAAAAAGGUGUUGCACAACUCUAGCUGUUUCUUCUGUUUCUAUCUGUGCCAUCUUUUGACCUUUUAUAUGGUUCUUUUUAUAAUGAAGCUGUUCUAUGUGAUGAUCAGAAGUUGUGAUGCAGUUCCAUUGUUUUUAAAUAUUUAAUGUCUCUAAAACAUGGAUUAAAAUAUGUUUGAACCAGU